AUGGUAAACGCUCCGGCUCAGAGAUCGGGUCCUGCCAACUCGCAAGGCAUUGCACUUAAUCACAUUAAUCGUCAAAAGUCAGUCCUGUGCCCAUUUCUCGAGUCGGGUCAGGUCUGUCUACAAGUGCUCUUCGUUAAAUUCGGUUCCGAUGGUGCUCCAAAGCUUAACAUCAUCAGCGAACAUGGCGACAUCACAGUUCAGUUCACUGACGCAGUCGUUGACGUAUAUAGUGGACAGGGUAGGACCAGGGACGGAACCUUGAGGAGCACCGCUUUCAACCGCUACUUCUGCCGACUGUCUGUUUCCGACGUCGAGAAUUUGAGGGCGACCGGUCAUGAAACUUUGAAUCCAAAUCCUUUUUAAACGUCCUUCAGUGUUCUUGAUUUUUAUUGUGCCCUCUGAGCUGCAAACUGAAUCAUGCCUAUAUAAGAAUUCGCAGUCCACUAAUAGACUUUCGCAGGUCAUACCUGUCUAAUCGUAAACAAAAGGUUUUGGUGGGAUCUUCACUUUCCGGUGAAAGCCCUAUUGUAAGUGGUGUCCUACAAGUUACCGUUUUAGGUCCUCUUUUGUUCUUGCUUUACGUAAAUGAUAUUUCGGCAGCAGUUGAACAUUCUCAAUGAUUUAUUUAUGCCGAUGAUCUCAAAUAAGUAUAUUCUUUCAAAAAAUCUACGAGCCUUCAUUGCCUGGAGCAAAUCCAUACAGACUUGCUUGCUCUUUCAGCUUGGAGCUCAAAAUGCCUAAUGGAAUUCUCUCCGUCUAAAUGUCGCUAUAUGUGUUUUGGGCCUGAUAGGCUACCCCAACCAGUGGUCUUUCAAGGCACACCUAUGACUCAAUGUACCACCAUCAAGGAUUUGGAUUUAAUCUACACUAAUAACCUUGAUCUCUCGCCACACGCUGACAGAAUUACAGCCAAAGCUGCCCAUAUUUGUGGCUUUAUUUCUUACAAUUUCUAUCUUCCAUGAAUUAAACUAAGGCUCUAUCGUAUGUUUGUACUUCCCAUUCUCGAGCAUUGUUGCCCAUUCUUUGGUUUGAUGAAUGAAGCUAGCAGUUUAAAAAUUGAAAAUGUCCAAAGACGUUUUUCUAAAAAAGUUUUAGAUAAGGAACAUCCCAGUGUCUCCUACUCAGAUAGAUGCCAGCUAAUUAAGCUAAAUUUUUUAUGGGAUCAAAGGCUAGAAGCGGCUAUGUCUCCUCUUUCGCAUUAAUCAUAGUUCAAAUCUUCCUCGGAAUUAAGUACUUACCCCUAGAAGUCGCCCAUACAAUCUUCGUAACUCUUCAUUGAUUAUACCUCCUCCUGCUUCCUCCUUCUGUAAGCGUUCUCUAUUUUUCGCUCCCGGAUAUACUUUCCUCUGGAAUAGCCUUCCAAUAAAUAUAAAAUCUUCAGGAAAUCUACACACCUUUAAGAGAAGGCUACGCCUUUAUCUGAAUACUGACUCGAUUAAACUUUAAUUUUCCUCAUCCUUCCCAGACAGCUUUUUCUAUAACACUGAAAAAGGGCCCCCGGGAAAUUAGUAUGCCGCCAUUACAUUUCCGCAUCUGUUCACAUUUACUUCCUUUGUGAGUAGUCUCGCUUCCUAGGAUCCCUCAACAGAAAUGUUAAUUUUUCCGAUUUUUCAGUUCAUGCAUCGUGCCCUCACAGAAUGUGCUCCAUCGACGCUCUUGGCGAAACCUUGUGUUUUGCCAUAUACUAGUAGUCUGGUCGUAUCUCCCUUGCCCCAUCCUUGGAUGGACUCGGAUGAAUGUAACCGACGGCAUCUGGGUUCCUAUCGCCUCGAGACUGGUUUUCAAUCUCUCCAUUAUUCAGGGCCACAUACAGACCAGUCCUGACCGACCCGCCUACUUACGCCUUCAUGAAAUCCGUUAUACAAUGCCAUACACAACUGACAUUUAUUUCGGUUCUGAAGAUGUCCGAUUAUAAUCCAUUUUAUACCGCCAUAUGCAGGCCAGACCUGCCAGCAUUUUUCUGUUUCUAUUUUUUUCGAGGGGUUUUUUUCCUCCUGCAAAAUUAAUCCAAUCAUUUUUAAAUCUAUAUGUGGAGUUUUUUUCACCCCUCGUUUAUCAUUUUUCUUAACGGACUUCUAAUUCAAAAACUAUGUAUUCCACUUUGUACAGAUUUUGCCUACCUCGUCUAAAAUUCGCAUGUAAAUUUAUUUUUACUUGCUUAGAUGGGACCCCCACGGGUCUUUAAUAAUAAAAUAACUAUUAAUUUUUAUACAAGCAUAUGCAGACGUUUUCACGUUCUUCGGGGUUCUCAAAAAAUUUGUUUUGAUAUUCAUCCGGACACACACAUAGAACAGGCCUGCCGCCCACAAAGUGCAGGAAAACAAAGAUAGCCAUUCCUGAUCAAUUUACCGUUCUCGGUCAGGCAUACAUAAAACCUAUACCAGAAGUAACUGGGAAGAAAACUGGAUCUUUAUGUCCCUGGGCAUGAGGAAAGGAAGGCUCUCCUAUUGCGUCGCCAUCUUGCAUCCGGCACAAUUAUUAUUGGUAAUUCCCAAGGUUACAAAAUUGGGUUUCAUCAGCAUAUACUUAAUGCAUCAAAGUGCCAAGAUAUGCUUGGCUAAUGACGACGAAUAAAAUAGCUGUGUCCAGUUCGCUCUCUCUUUUUACAUUUCUACAUGUUUUCGAAGGGUUGCUGGCAAAGCCCCUCAUAACUCCACUAUUGCAUAUUUGCAUAAUGUUUGCACUUCACAAUAAUAAUCAAUCGAAAAUGACUGCUGCUGCUAACCGUGACGCAGUGCGGAAGGAGUUUGGAUAAAUAAGUGAUUUAAAAAGUUGAUUUCAUGUAAUCUCGACUGUAUUGAAUAAUAAAUACGGUGACAAGAUAGAAUCAGCACCGCCGGAUGCGGGAUAAGACGUAAUGGGUGGAAGAACUGAACGACCCGUCUUCGCCUGCCAUAUUCACCUGGACCACGCACGACCGACCUGGUUUCCACAGAAAAAAGAAGUGGUCGGCUCCAAUUCAAUUCAAUUCAAUUAUUUUAUUAAAGACCCGUCGGGGUCCCAUCAAAGCAAGUAAAAAUAAAUUUACAUGCAAAUUUUGGACGAUGUAGGCAAAAUCUGCACAAAGUGCAAUGCAUAGUUUUUGAGAUUAGAAGUCCGUUAAGCAAAAUGAAAAUGAAAAAAAAAACGAGGGGUGAAAAAAAAAAACUCCAAAGCAAGAUUUAAAAAUGAUUGUAGUAAUUUACAAGGAGAAAAAAAAUACCCCUCAGAAAAAUAGCAUCAGAAAAAAGGGAGGACUGGCCUGCAUGUGGCGGUACAAAAUGGAAUAAAGCCCGACAUCAACAUGGCCGAAAUAGAUGUCAGCUGUAUAUGGCAUUGUGUAACGGAUUUCAUAAAAUGGUACGUAGGCGGGUCGGUCAGGACUGGCCUGUAUCGCCUUGAAUAAGAAAAAUAAGUGCCGAAAUUGAAAACCAGUCUCAAGCCGAUAGGAACCCAGAUGCGGUCAGUUUCAUUCAACCGAGUCCAUCCGAACAUGGGGGGAGAUGCGACCAGACUACUAGUAUAUGGCGAAUAUAGAAGGCUUUGACAAGACCGCCGAUGGAGCGCAUUCUGUAAGGGCAUGAUGACAACCAGUUUCGAGGCGACAAGAACCCAGAUGCGGUCGGUUUCAUUCAACCGAGUCCAUCCGAACAUGGGGGGAAGGGAGAUGCGACCAAACUACUAGUAUAUGGCGAAUACAGAAGGCUUUGUCAAGAUCGCCGAUGGAGCGCAUUCUGUAAGGGCACGAUGACAACCAGUCUCGAGGCGAAAAGGCCCCAGAUGCGGUCUAUAUGUGUUGGCGAACCAUGAAGAUUCCGUUCGGAAGGAACGUAUGCAGUCUGAGUCUCCGUCUUGAGAGGAUUGAGCUAUCCUGUCAGUUGGCAGCCUUCCACGUAGCGGCUUCUAGCUUUUGGUGAUUGACUAAAUGCAUUCCUAACUGUUUAUAAUGAUACAUUUGCACUGAGUGUCGUCGGGACGCAGUCUUCAGAGUCCAUCUCACGCUCUCUUCCCUCCCCUAGGCAUCAAUCCGAGGUAGUCAACCGUUCGAUGCUCAUAUUGGGAGCAAGGCACUGGCGCACUUUGACCCAGCAUUUAGGCGUGCCGGUACAUCUCCUAUGUUACAUCUGUUGUGAAAUGCGCAAACUUCACCCCGCCCAUGUCCUAAUCUGCCCCCCCCCCCCUGUUGGCCCAGCGCAUCUUCCGCGCUGUUUUGGAAAAAGAACCUUGCCAAAAAUCUUGCAAUCAAGCUUUCCGUCAUACAUAAAAUUGUGUCGGCUGUCACCAAAUGGUUGAACAGUAGGUUCGCUGACCGGACUGCCCAUUGACUGCUGAAACAUUUUCUGCGAUCUCUUCGCUCGCGUUAGCUUUUGAAUCUGUCGAAACGACCACAUGAUAAUGAACAUGUGUUUGAGUGGUUAGAGCGUUGGACUUCUGACCAAAACACGAGUUCGAGCAUCAGAGGUUGUAAACCUGGUCGGGCGAUGGCGGCUAACGAGCCAUAAAUGACUAUUACGGUUUUCCUUGCCUUUGCCAGUAAUCUUAUUUUAUCUAUGAUAGAUAGACAGAUUAAUAAAGUGAUACCGAAAAAGAAAUAGGAGAUCUAAAUGUUAAUUUCUGGCUUAUUCGUUUUUACCGGACCGUCAUACCAAAACCCAGGUGUGGAUCACUUGUGCCGCUAACUGGGAAUCUCUAGACCUUGAGUGUGACACUCUGCCGCUGGUCCACGGACCCGUCGUUCUGUCGGUUCUGAUCUGAAAAAUCAAUUAUGACAGAUUGGCGCUCGACGAUCAGGUCACAAAACGUGUGUUUGUCUGGCAAUCGUGCCCCACAAAUACAGCGAACUUCGUGUCCCCUAUCACUCCUUUAUGCGUCUGUCUCUGAUGUUGGGGUCGAGGGAGAAUCCAAAAUGCCAGACCAAUAAGCCUCAUAUAUCGGUGAUCGCAACUUCUCCUUCUGGACUGUUUCAUGGAACUCACUCGUUCGUUUUUAUCAAUAAAGAACUAAGCUCUUAUGAUUAGGCGACUAAACCGGAAAACUGACGAAUACUUCCUUACAUUACGAAAGUGUUCUAACACGUUUAAAGAACCCUCGGGAAACACCAAUUACACCUGGCGCAAAAAUCAACAAUUACGCUGAGCACUCGGCCUGUGCAUUCGAAGGAAAGAUUUGGCAGUUUAUACGAAAAAAUCUGUCUACAGGAUUCCACGCAACGGCUGCAGUAUCGUAUAUUAUGGUCAAAUAGGAAAUCGGCUCCUACACACAAAAACAGACACAAGUUAGAAACAAAUGAGGAGACCGCCUGUCUUAACUCCAUACGCGUCGCUGAAAACUGGACGCAUAUUUGUUUGCACUAAACUGGCAUUGCUGGUGUCGACCUGUUAAUGGAGGGCAACAAUUUCUAGAGGGCUUAGACUCCGAUGGCUCGUGCACUAACAUUCACAUCGAAAUAGACGACGUCUACAGUAAUGUCAAGGACAAAUGGAGAAGGCGAUGGCCACUCCAAGCAAGAUGUCAGCGUGUAGAAAUGACUUGUGGCGGUAAUGACGGAGCAGUAUUAUUAACGACACGUCUGACGACGGUCUAGGAAUCUGAAAUAAAAUUUAUCGACUUUCCCAAAGGACCCUUUCUUUAAAAAAUGUAUUGUUAAUUAGCGGCAAAAUGCUCAUCUCUGGACAUGAAUGGGAUAAGCCGACGAUCACAGGAACCGUGGAGUUAAUGUCUCGAAGUUCCGAAGGCAAACAAGCAUCCGCCAUCGGAGGAACGGUUUUAUACAGCGCCUCACACUAAUUGUAGGUGGUGAUAAUGCUGGCGUGGUGUCGUUCCCAGGGGGAUUCUUGCAGAGCAUAUGCGGGAAGGAGUUGAAUGUCGUCAUCAUUAUCGGUUUUUUUCCUCCCGGCUUCGGGGGCGGUGCAAAGUUGGAAAUGAUUAAUACCCUCGUCUUCAUUAUCCUCACUUGCUGCUUCGGACACGUAUAUCCCGUCCUCGUCAACCGUCCGCGACUGCUCAAACUCGUUUCCUCGGACAGAUGCAAAAGGGAAAUGACGACGAGAUAUGCGGGUCUGGGAUAACAAAUGCGGGCAUGCAAAUAAGAGCGAUGAUCGUCUUGAAUGGAUGAAUGGAGAAAAGACCCUGAUCAUUAAUCAGAUGUCAUUUUAGGACACUUUGCGUAGAGAACACCACGGAAAUACGCCACACUAGCUUAUAAGCACGAAAACCUGAUUUUUACAUCAUAGACAAUGAGCAUUUGUUUAGUUUGUUUUACCAAGUGAAAUACAUGAGGCCUUAUUUAUAAGGCGCAGUAUCCGCCGGUCCUGCUAUCGGCUGUCUUUGUCUUGGUGUCGUCCGGCUUUGCACUAUUUUGUAUAAGAGUGAGUAAUUGUUCUCUAAGGCUCAGCCCACUACCUUUUGAUGUUUUUUGCUCUCUUUGAGUCUGUAUCCUGUUUUAUCAACAUCUUACGACGACUAGUAUUCUGAAAAUUGCGUUUUUUGUCAUACGUGCCUAUAAGUGUGCAUAGUCAGUCGUCUUAUUGGAUAGUCAUCCUAGGUUGUUGCAGUUUUUUCCUCCUACGUUUGAAUUCUAUGACCGCCUUUCCGCCUAAGCAUUAGUGUCAACAACUGCUUUUAGAUGUCCCUUUAUCCAAGCUUCGAGGGUCUUACUAUCGGGAAAGAAGUUGAUGCCCAGAAUCGUUUCGCCGAAACGCUUGUUAGCUCAGCAGGUCAGACUCCAAGAAGUGAUCUUCGGGCAAACUAUGGAGAAUUGGCCAUGAACUUUCUUGGUCUGGAUUUGUCUCGAGUUGUCUAUGACGAUUUUGGUAACGCUAUUUACUCGGACCCCAGUGGACCGGGCACAGCCGUCGUGCCAGCUCCAGGAACCGCUGUCACACCUGUUCAACCCAGUGCAUGUGGACCACUUGUGAAACGGAAUCCGGCGAUUGUGACUAACGCCGUACGUGAGCUCACUUUGCACAAGGACAAGAAAGGCAGACUGGGGAUCCAGCUCCGUGACCUUGAUGCUGGUGUAAUCGUUUCCUACGUUGAGUGUGAAGGCGCUGCCGCCCAGGGUGGACUACGAUUUGGUGACCAAGUCCUAUCCAUCAAUGGAGUUGUUGUGGCAGGUUUCUCUGGUCGCAAAGCUAUGGAUCUAGUCAAGCAUUCCCCGUCAGAUGUUGUUUUUGUCAUCCGAGAUCGGUAAGUUUUAUGGGGAUCUUUGCUUUUUCUGUCAUUGCGAUCUUUGUAGUUAAGCCUCUUGUCUUCUCCUCACUGUUCUCAUUAGGCCCCUUGAAAGAAACAUAACGCUUACCAAGGAUAGUCACGGGACUGUUGGAAUCCUUGUCAAAAAUGGGAAAGUGUCGGGCAUCGUCAAAAAUUCCAGCGCCGCCAGAAAUGGUGUCCUCGUCGAUCACCACAUUCUGGAGGUUGGUGGAAGAAAUGUCAUUGGUCUGAGUGACAAGAAGAUCGGAGAGUACCUUGACGUUAUGGGCACCAGCGUCAACAUCACCGUCAUGCCCUCGUUCUUCUUCGACCACAUCGUUAAAAAGUAAGUGUUUUGAGCUUUACAGGCUUUACGUACCGAUGUUCUUAUGCGACAGCACAGUAUGCUUCUACAUUUUCUCUUUUUAGACUUGGGCGGUCUGACCUCAAGCAAAUGGACCGGUCUGCACCUGUUGUCUAG